AUGGUCUCCCAGGACACUGGGGCUCUGGGUGAUGGGUUCGAGGAUCCCCCCAAGAAGCGAUGCUGCAGGCAGAGGACACAGCUCAUACUGUUGGGGCUGGUGACCGCCUCCCUGUGGGCUGUGCUGCUGACCUUGCUUCUCCUAUGGCAUUGGGACACUGCAAAGAACCUGAAACAGCUGGAAGGGACUGCCAACCAGAAUGUGUCUCAAGUGUCCAAGGACUUGGAAAGACAUAAGAGUGAACAGAUGGCCCAGAAAUCCGAGGCUGCCCAGCUGUUGAAGAAAAUAGAGAAAAUCCAAGCUGAGCAGAAGAGCAUCAAGUCUCAUGAGUCUGAGCUCACCCGAUACCUGGAGGGACUUGGAGCUGAUCUGAGCAACCUCAAAUCCCAGAGCUUGAACGAGAGGCGCGCAGCCUCAGACUCACUGGAGAGACUCCAGGAAGAAGUGGCGAAGCUGUGGAUCGAGCUAAAGAUAGCAAAUGGCUCCGUGUGCAACACAUGCCCCGAGAAGUGGAUCAAUUUCCAGAGGAAGUGCUACUACUUUGGUGAGGGUGCUCAGAUGUGGAUCCAGGCCAAGUAUGCCUGCAAUGACCUGCAUGCACAGCUGGUCAGCAUCCACAGCCCAGAGGAGCAGGACUUCCUGAGCAGACAUGCCAAGAAGGACUCCUGGACUGGCCUUCAGGACCUGGACGUGGAGGGAGAGUUUAUCUGGUUGGAUGGGAGCCCUGUGGACUACAGCAACUGGCGGCCAGGGGAGCCCAACAACCAGGACCCCGGCGAGAACUGCAUGAUGAUGGUCGGCUCUUCUGGCCAGUGGAACGACGCCUUCUGCCGCAGCCAGCUGGAGGGCUGGGUGUGCCAGCAGCUGGCCACAUGCUGA